CAAUUUUUCAAAUUAGAUGCUCGUGUCUCGACGGUCUACAUGGCCCGGGCACCAUAAAUAUUUAAUUUGUCUGUCAGCACCGGCACUUGACAAUGUGUACUCUGAGCGGAACGAGUUAGAGCAUCUCAUAUCUCGUCAAAGUUGGCGCCCUCUCUCUAGCCGGCCAUGUGAUUUUCGAGAGGGGUGCAGGCAGGCUGAUACAAUAACACGCCAAGUGAGCAUCUUCUUCAGUGCUGAGGGGUGGCCGCCACCGCCACCGUCGGGAUCAAUACGCGGGAGCGUGCGCCCUGGCCGGCGGGCCGUCGCGGCCCGCCGGCCGGUUGCCGAAUGCGUCUGCACUCGCUCCUUACCGGUUGCCAACAGAGGAUGGCCAGGCCUGUCGUAUCCGCGAAGGAGCUUGGCUGAGGCGCCGCCGGCUGACCAGCGCGGAUCGAUUAAGUACAGAAAUGGCAGUGAAAAUUUCGCCGGCCGUCAUCACGGCGCCCGUCUUUGACUUUUGGAAACCGGUUUUCGGAGAGCGCAGGAGCCCGCCGGAAUCUGCACCGCCAGUCGCGUCCGGAUCAUGUUUACCUGCUGUCGACGACUCCGGGGUCAGAGUUAUGUGGAACGCAGUGACUCCGCAGUCGUUAGACGCGGCUGCCCCAUCCUCGCGCACCAAGCACAGCGCCACCCUGCUCGGGGGUCACUUGUACCUCUUAGGGGGUCGUAAUGGAAACGUCGGACUCAAGGAUUUUUGGCGGUAUAACAUUAUUGAAGGUCGAUGGGAACAACUUCUCACGGGUGGUGAGACGCCACCCUGCCUGCAGGAGCACACGGCCGUCGCCUUCAAGGACUGCCUCUACGUCUUUGGCGGUGAGGUGGGCUUCAGUUCUGCGACCGAAACGCCGCUCUGGGUGUACCAAGUGGGGUCCAACUCGUGGCGAAAGGUGCGCAGCCCCAAAGGCGUGCAGGUGCCCAGGGGCAGGCGGGGCCACACAGCGCUCAUUUACCAGGGCGCCAUGAUCAUCUACGGUGGCUAUCAGGACCUGCGAGGGUCAACAAAUGAACUUUGGGCCUUUGAUUUCAAUACCGAGUCGUGGCAUCUGUUGUCGGGCAGGGGUCGAGACGAACCCCCCGCACGCCACAAACACUCAGCGGUGAUGCACGACGGUGCCAUGUGGGUUUUCGGUGGCAUGACCGACUUGCAGACGCGCUCCGACCUGUGGAGGUGGGACGCGCUGACCAAAAUCUGGGUUUGCGUGCGUGCCAAGCACGGGCCGGGACCGCUCCAGGGACACGCCGCCUGCAAGGUGGCCGCUUCAAUGCUAAUAUUCGGCGGCGAGCGCGGCGACGGCAACGUGGUGGACGAGCUGUGGCGCUUCCACUUCGCCACCGAGUCGUGGGAGCGAAUCACCCCGGUCGGCAUGAAGCCGUCGGCCCGCGCCGAAAGCGCCGUGCUAGUGGUGACCGAGGCGCCGACGGCGGCGUCGCCGACGGUGGUGGCACCGCGGCCGCGCUCCGUGGAGCGGCGGGUGCCGCGGUCGUCGUCGACGCUGGGCCAGACGCAGCAGCAGGAGCCCGCGGGGCCGCCGUCGCUGUUCGGCCGCCUCUCGAGCGUCAACCUGACUGCGCGGCUCUCCCGCUGCAGCUACAGCGUGCUGAGCAACGACAGCGCCGAGUCGGACGCCGAGUCGGCCGCGUCGGCAAUUAUCAAAUCGGCCAGCAUGCACGCCGGCGUCGCCCAGCAGGCGCGCAGCCGCAUGUCCCGCGACCCCGUCUCCGUGCCAAACUUCGCCUCGGCGCCGCUCACGCCCGUCGAAGCCGCAAGACUCGUGUUCGUCGACAGCAGCGACGACGAAGCGGAGACAGGUUGGAUUUUCAUGAACCCUGCUUUUGAUCCAUCAGCAGAAAACGAGUUCACUCCGGACCCUGACGACGUGCUUGAUUUCCCAUCGCUGCACCAGCGCUUUCAGCCAACGCGUCGCAUUGCCAAAUCAGCGUCGGUGCGUUUUAACCUCGAGGAACCUGACUCGGACUACGCCAGCGUAGCUAGCACGACACCCCAUGAUGGACCCCUCAGCUUCAGCAACCCCAACUACCUUGGUCCCGACAUCGGCCAAAUGCUCAACAGCCCUCCGGACUCUCUGUUGCAGGACCCAACAGGCCGCUUCCACUCGCAGGAUCAAAUCGAAUUGAAGACCCUUGCGGCGCCUGCCCCUCGUCGAGCGGCACCACCGACGAGUCUGCCUCUUGAAGGGAGCGAGCGGCAGCAUCGGAUGGCACGGGCCUUAAGCGCUGGCCGCGCCGAGCGACGGAAAGACCCAACGCCGCCGCUUUACAUGUACGUGGUGGGCGGCAGGGAGAAGGGCCACGCGGCCCUCUUCAAGAGAUCCGUCUCCAUGUGGCGCCUCUGCCUGCAUCCUAGCAUCUUUGUGCGGCGAUAGUAUAGUACAAACGUCUCACGCUAACACUUUCAAGUCAAAACCUUUACUGAUACAAAACCAAACAUAAUAGAGUUACCUGCGUCUCCGCUUGCCUGUAUUCGUACAUAACUCGUGAGACACGCGCGGACGUCCCUGAAGGAUCUCAAAACUCUACAUUGUUGAUUUAUUUUGGUUACUGAGUUAAUGAGUUCACAGCCAAACAAAUGUUCAAAAUUUCCCAAGUGCACAAUCAAUCGUUUGGUGGGGUUGUAAGAUUUCCUGAAAUUUUUGGUGCAAGUAUUGUUGAGGCACCGAAAUUGCCCAAAAUAUAGGAAAAAACAUGUGGUGCAAUUAUUAGAAUGGUAUCGAUGGAAUAAUAAUAAUCAGAGCUACAUAUCAGCAAGUUUUAAUAAAAAUGUGUUAUCUAAAUGAGAAACGAACUUGUAUAUGAGCUCAAAUUUCAACCUUUUAAUCAUUUUAACACACAAAUUCAAAAAAAUAAAAUAAAUUACCACCAUAUAUGAAAGCUACCAAUUUUAAACACAAAAUCAAUCAGAAAUAUAUUUCAAAGCUACCGGCUGAUAAUGGUUACAAACUUAAAAAGGCAAAAGAUAUUUAAAAAAAAUAAAUUAAAAUAUUUGCAUUGGGGCAUUUUUUUAAUAAAACACCGUAAAGCAAUUCCAGGCAGAUUUCAUGGUAGAUUGGAUGGGGGUUUUACCUUGAAAAUUUCGAAGUGAUGCUGCAGUUUAUUUAAGGUGUGGGUAAAUUCCGAGUUUGAAGUCUGGGAUUCCCUAUUUUUGAGAUAUCUCGAAAACUCUCGAAAUCAAUCAGCCAAAGAAAAGAUGGUGAAGUAACUCUUGAUCGAGUUGAGAUAUCAUAUAUUGAAACUUUCACUACCUUUACAAGUUUUAAACUGAUUAAAAAGUCAAAGGUCAAGGUCGGCUUUCGGGAAAAUUGCGAUAGCUUUGCUGAGAUUUAAAUUUGAAGUUAUAAAUCUGACUCAAAAAGGCAUUCUGCACUGCAUUACCCUUAAAUUGGAAAUGUUCCUCGCGUUGAAGGUAUCAAAUUUUUCUUAUCCAGCUGAGGGUGGUAACUAAAUAUGCCCAUUUGAGAUUAGUUCUUAAUGGCUUCAAGGUUAGACCUAUGUGACCCUGAGGGUCAACACCACAAAAUGUCCUAAAUAAUCGAGUUUCUUGACUUCAAACUCGGAAUUUUCCCAUCUCUCAAUCAAGGGAAGUUCAGCACCACUUCCAAAUUUCAAUGGAAAAAAUCCUGUCCAACUGACCAUCAAAAUCUCCUGGAACUUCUUGGUUGUUUUUAUAUUAAUUACCUCAGAUUCAAUAAAAAUGCCAAUUUCCAUCAUUAUUUUGAUUUUAAAAUUUCCGGAAAAUCUGCCAACCCUGUCAAACAUUUGUAUACUUUUCCCUACAAUGUUGUUGGUUUUGAGGUUCCUUCGAAGCAGACUGGAGAGACCUGUGGCAAAUUUUCAACUCGUCUUUAUAUACACUCCCAACAUUGAAGUUUAAUGCAAGGGAUUAAUGCACGUCUGAUUGUGAAAAUGCCCUUUCUGCCAAAAAUGCAUUUGAAUCGCGUGGUCGUCGCGACCGCAUACCUUCUAGUCAUGGAGCAUCAGAUGUGAUACACACUUUGAUAUCUUCAACGUCCAUAAAAUUUAAUAGGCAUGAAUGUAUAACACACACCGCACGUGCAGCAAAAGAGCCUUUCGUCGCCCGGCUCUCCCUUUCACUCGUGAUUCGUUUUAAUAUCUCUCACCUUUCCAGCAUGAAAAAUGCAAUUUUAAUCUUCGUCGCUUGAGCAAAAGCGCGUGUUGCUUGCAUCUCAUGAAUAACCAAAAUCGGAGCUCAUUCAGGCGCGGCAGACAAGCUGUAGGGUUAUUUCCGUC